AUGCUCAGCUUUCGUGUCCUUGUUUGGGCCACGGCCGCCUCUGCGACAGCUCUUUUAGAUCGCAACCUUGCCUAUCGCUCGCCUUUCGGAGAUCACCCGCAGUUCUCGCAUGAUACAUGGUCCAUACAUGCCCGCUAUGUGCACCACACCCGGCGGCAAGUGGAGGACGCGAGCGGUCUCGUCGACGAACACUACCCAACCUUCUACGGCACAGACUUCGGCAACAGUCCCUUCAUCUGGAGUAGCGGCCUGAACUUCACUCACUCGGUUGCGAGUGGCGAUCCUCUCAACACAUCAGUCUUGCUAUGGACGCGUGCUGAGCCGCUCUCUGAGCCGUCAACGAACCAAUCGCCCGAAUCGGUCCCCGUUUGUCUCUCGUGGGCGAUCUUCGAUAACGAGGCGCUCAUAGGAUCGCCAGUCGACGCUGGACAAGCCUUCACGUCGUAUGACGCCGACUUCACGCUCAGAGUCGAAGCGGCUGGUCUGCAACCUGAUGCCGUGUACCGGUUCCACUUGGCGGACUGCACGGAUCUGAACAAUACGAACCCCCUUGGGCGAGCUCGCACCAUCUCUAGUCCACACACGCCCGCGGAUCAGGUCAACGGUGGGAAAAACCUUACGCUUGCGGUGUUCUCCUGCUCGCAGUAUCAAUCAGGCUGGUUCAACGCCUAUGGAAUAGCUGCCUACAACACUUUAGCCGACACCUUCGCUCAUCUUGGAGACUACGAUGAUCACGAAGUCGCCGGUCAGUCGUGGAAGGCGGGUACGGUCGAUUCCAAUGACUCUCACGUCGGCUGCACCUUCUCUCCUUCGGGCACCUGCUUCACCGACCGCAAGCUCGCGGCCGUGCGCGCUUACCAUGAGUGGGUGCCAGUAUGUCAAGUCUCCGCGGACAACAAGUUGCGCAUCUGGCGCAACUUUCAGAUCAGCAAGCUUCUGGACCUCACGAUGCUGGACACACGCCAGUACGACCGCGAUCUCACAGACUUGUACUAUAAUACUCAAUAUAUAAACACCAUCUCGUCCUUCGCGAACCGCUCACUGACGAGACCCGAGCAGGAAGCAUGGCUACAGAAUACAUUCGACCAGUCGCAAGCUCGCGGCGCUGUAUGGCGUAUCAUAGGAUCGUCUUCACACAACUCAACGAGUCUGGGCGGUUUGAUCUCGACGCAUGGGACGGCUAUCGCGCGAACCGCGCUCGCGUUCUUGACCAUCUCCAACAGAACAACAUCACGAACACGGUCAUCCUCGCCGGCGACUCGCACGCCAACUGGGUCUCCGACCUCGCCCAUAUGUCCCUCCCUUCCCCCUCCCGCUCAUCACCGCUCACCUUCAUCUUAUACAGAUCCGAAUGACACGGCCAACUAUGAUCCCGCCACGGGCGAAGGCGCGCUCGGCGUCGAGUUUGCAGGCACAGCUGUGACGUCGACAUCAGCGUUCGGCCCCGGCAUGGGGCCCGCCGCGGCCGACAAUAUCUCGACGGCGCUCGUAGCCGCACCGGGCAACGAACAGCUGCAGUGA